UGCGCGCUGUUUGUGGUGCUGAAGCUGCGCGUGCCUCGGAGGCUGCAACCAUAGAAAUCCACACGAGCAUCCUUCCGCGAGAGGAGUCAGUAGGAGGUUUUUUCCUUUCCGACGGUGGGAAGAAAAUCCAGGAUGUCCCUGUCAGUUGUUCAAGCCUCGUUUAUCCGCUUGUGGCCGCAAAACAUUUAAUUUAUUACAUUUCUAUUUUACGUUUUUACGUUUAUUCUUCAAGCACAAGCUCACGAUCCGGUUUCUGAAGCCGUUUUCUGUUGUUUUUUCGAGGCUCGUCGUCUCUCCGGUGCCGCCGCCUGCCCAGCCGCCUCUGCCGCUCCGUCCCACAUCCUUUAUGCACAGCACGCUGCUCCGGUCCUCCCCAACUAAACACACAUUCGUGUCCGAGCACCAUGGCCCGCUCCCGGCGCUUUCACUGAGAGACAUGGAAGCCAAACAACACCCGAUAAAGAGCCUAAAAAGCUACCCGGAGACCGGUGGCCGGAGCCUGGCAGCGGCCGCCGGAGUCGACGGCGGCGGGUACCGAGCCGGCUCCGCCGAAAUGGAGAUGGAGUCGAAGAUCCAGAAAGCCAUCGACUUCAAGGUGGAGGGUCACCGCUGCUACAAGGAGAAGAAAUUUCGGGAAGCGAUUGGCAAGUACCACCGGGCGCUGCUGCAACUCAAAGGGGUGCAUGUGGUCGACGGGACGACGGGCUCCGAGGUCAACCUGCUCAACCAAGCCGCGGCCAAGCUCACCGAGGAGCAGCGGAGAGCCGUGGAGAGCACCGAGAUCGAGUGCUACGACAGCCUGACAGCGUGUCUGUUGCAGUCGGAGCUGGUAAACUACGAGAGAGUGAAGGAGUACUGUCUGAAGGUGCUGAGCCACCAGAGAGACCACUUCAAGGCCAUGUACCGAGCUGGCAUCGCCUUCUAUCACCUGGGUGACUACGAAUGUGCCCUACGUUACCUGCGUGACGCCAAGAACCGCGAACCCUCAGACACCAACGUGCUGCGGUACAUCCAGCUGACAGAGAUGAAGAUGAGCAAGAGUGGACAGCGGGAACGAGAGAGCGGCAAAGAGACCCAGGGCUAACCCUCGACCUUUUCACCCUCCUGACCCCUCAACCUUUGACCCUACGAGCAGUCCCCACAUCGACCCUCCCUCUCUCCACCUCCUCUAUCGACUCCUGACAGCAGCACAGCCCACAGACGGAAGAGACAGACCCAAUCACCCGCCAGAGAUGGAUACAAACGGGAGACAUAUCAAAUGCUGUCUGCAACCUGACCUCCUUUUCCUUCUCUUCCCUCUUCCUCUCCCCCCUUUUUCUCCCUCAGGUGCUGUGGUUCCUCUCCCCAGACGCAGACAGUCGAGCAAACAUGAAAAAAAAACAACAAAAAACAAGGAAAAUGCUGUAUUAUACUCAUACGAAACAGUCAAUGUGGUGGAAUGAAAAAGGAGCUUCAAAACAUACAUAUGAAUAAUGGACAUUUGCGUGAUUUAGUAAAUGUUUUAAAAACAUAAAAUGCAUUUUGUUUCUGCUCUCUUGCUCUCUCUUUUUCUCUCUGCCUUCUCUCUCUCCGUCUUAUUUCGAACGGAGAAUAUCAGUGGUGGGGGGGUGGGUUGGGGAGCUCGACUACACCGAGAGGAGGGUGGGGAUGUGCGUGUGCGUUGAGGCAGUUCAGAGCAUAAGCAGGGGAUAGUGAGAGAUGUGUGUGACACAUAUCAAGACCGUAGCUUAAUUUGAUUGUACAUCCAACCCCAACAGGGCUCCCUCAGACCCUUACCCAGACUACGGGACAGACUAGCACGAGAAAUCUUUCAUUAAGUAGAGGAAAAAGCUUAAUCUAUCGCUCUUCUGUCUCACUUUUCUUUCCUGGAUGCCAUGUAUCUCAGUUUUUGGACUGUUUUUUCAAUUCAAGGGCUAAUCCAAGUGUUUGUAAUCCGUUACUAGGGUUUUUAAUUUGCUUUCGGUGUUCAUCAUACUCAGUAGUAGUUAAUCGGUUGUUAAUAGCAUCUGUGUGCGCAGCAAACAGACAACAUUCUCGGUUCUUGCUGUUAUCAGGUGUACUAUUGUGGAAACUGGUGUGUCUUGAAUCUGUUGUCCAAAGUCCCUCCUGGGUUGUGUGUCAUUGUUGAUGUUGUUGAGACUGUCAAAGCCCCUCCCUCCCUCCCUCCCUCCCUCUCUGUUCUCCCGUUAAUGAUGUCACAACGGAAAAUAGCCAAUGGGAUCGGAGUUCCAUCAACCCGGCGUUGGCUAGAUGGGGAUCCACUUAAAAAGUUUCACAGCGAGAAACACUUUUCAAAUUUUUAAACGGAGGUCCAACCUUUUAUCGGUAAUGCCGAAGCUUCCCAGACAUCGAUAACACGCUGAGGACACUCUGGGCAGCGUUAGUGCAGGGAAAACAAUCACACACAUCUGUCCUGGAGCACUUAGUGCACUUCAACAACAAGAGUGUGCCAUUUGAGAUUUCUUCCUCUUCCAGUUUAUCUGUGUUUGAGUAUUGUUCCAAACAUGGAGUUGUAAGGGCAGAUUAAGCAUUAGACAACACUACUGCUGAUACUGUCUGCAGAUAUCUAUGGCCAUAGCUGUCAGAAGAUACAUAAAGAUUAUUUGCUUCUCUUGUGACUUGUGAAAGCCGAAUCAUUGAUAAUGCAAAUGUUGCUUUUAUGAUAGCUUUACCACGGGCUUAAAUCUGCCUGCCCUGUUCUGCAGAAGGUUGGAUUGAUGAUUUGUGAAAGCAUGACCUGAAUUUCCCUCGUCUCUGAUGCCAUGAAACUCUUUCCCGUGUGCAAGCACAACUCCUGCAUGUAACGUGCGGCUCCAAAGAGUAACUUCAGAUGUAUGGGAUAGGGAUUAUAUCUGCUCUAUUGCUUUCUGUCAUGGCAUGCUGCCACACUGUUUGCUCAUACCUCUAUUUUAUCCAUUCUGCCCUUUAUAAAUAAACACAGAAGGUUGGGACAGACUGUGAUCACAGCAGUAGAAUAAGUAUCAAAUAAAUCUGGACAGAAAAAAGAAAGAGGCCUUUAAUAAAUCAGGGUCACCUUCUGCCUCAGCCAAGGUGAGAGAUAAGAGGUAAUUUCACUGCUUAAGAAUUUUUUUAAAAAGGGUGGAAGAGGAAAUAAAAGAACGAUGCUGUAAAAGAUUUCCCCUCCCCUUUUCUUCCAGUGACCUGCUAGGAGGUAAAUAGGGACCUAAGUGUGUCAAUGGGACUCUGGAGAGACGGCACCAUGCGUUGAGGAGACCGGCAUGAUACAGAGAGGGCUCCAUUGGAGGGAGAAGUAGGCCACCAUCAGCCCCAGUAAAGCAGCUGCAGCUCCGAGCGACACAAACACAAAGGUUUAGUGUUGGGAGAUUUAUCACCAUACAUCAUAUGGCUGAACGUAAUAUAUGAUCAGGCAUUAACCUGCCACAAUCUCCACUGUUCUGAGAGGGAUUUCCAUCUGCAGAGAUCGGCUCCUAUCCAGUCCACAUCGUUAUAUAGUGUACACAGAACAUGAUCAUGUUUUCUUAGAGGAAAGGUUUGACAUUUUGGGAACUCUUCUUAUUCACUUUUUCACUGAGAGUCAGAUUUUAAAAUAGAUGCCAGUCUCAUGAAGCUGCAGUCGGUUAGCUUAGCUUAGCACAAUGACUGGAAACAGGGGAAAACAGCUAGCCUGGCCCACCUUCCAGCACCUCUAAAGAUCACAAAUUAACAUUUUAUAUUUUGUUUAAUCUUUACAAAAACUGAUGUCUAAAAACAACGAUUUGACAUUUUUAUGGCCGGGACCAGUUGGUAGAUAAUCACAGACCAAUCAGCGUCGUUUGAGGAACUUCUGGCAGCUACAGCGUGAGUUACGGGCGAGGUCCAAUGCUAGAUGUGUGUGAAAAGUGACAGUUUGCCCAAAAACAACAAUGGCAGCUGCUACAGAGGUUAACAUAGAUGCUGCUGGUUCGACUACGUUAUACGCUUGAUUGAUCUGAUUGGUUGAAGUCACCUGCCAAGUAUUUUUCUGAAAGUGCCUCCUCUUUUCCAAACAGUUUCCAGCAAAGACUUCCCAGAUUGUUUGUGUGUAACAAACCAUCUGGUGAAGUCGGGUUACGUUGCCAGGCAACCAGUUGAAUUCACUGCUCAUCUCUCAGCAAGAAAGUGAACACAAAUGUUGAACUUUCCCUUUAAGAUAUCUUACUUUUUCUUGCUUAGUGAAAUUAAUUCGAUCCCGCCACUUGUUUGACCGAUAGCUGACAAAUCUCUGGUGUAAAUCACUAAUUAUCAGACCCCAAAAUAAUGUGAAAAUUCUCAAGAACAGAGUGAGAAACAUUCGAGUUUGUCAACAUCGCUCAGCUCUGGGGUUAAAACAUCAGGUCCAGAAACCUUCGUCACUCCUGAUGUUCCUCUGUACUCUCUUCUCCCCUCUUCCCCUGGUGUCCCAGAGGAAAUAAAUCAACAAAACAGUGAGGAAUAACACCUGCAGGCUCGGUCUCCAUGGCUGCCUGGGCUGAGUCUACUCACCCACGGCCCCCUCGGGGAUCGGUCUCCUCCCGUGGUCCUCUCUCCAUGGCACCAGUCCGCCAUCUUGUUUUUGUCUCGCUGUGCUAAGUCAUUCUAGCUCAACACGUGCUACGGCCGCCUUGGGGAUAACUAGCUGCACAUAAAGCAGGUUCAUUUCUGGCUGUAUCAGUUCUUGAUAUAAUGGCAGUGCUGACUCCGAGGCUGUAAUCGUGAGCAUAAUCUGACAACACGCUGUCUGUGCAAAAAGAGAUUCUUGGUCUCCGCGUCAGUGUAGCUUCGAAAAGAAACAACAAAAAGCACAACAAAAAAGAGACGGAAAAAUUAAAACUACUGGCUGUGUUAUUUCUUUCUCUUUUGCUUUGAUGUCAUUUGAGGUAAAUGUUUGUCAAAUGUCAGAGUAGUUUUUGUGAAUAUAUGAUACAAAUGUACAAAAAAAAUUACAAAAAUGAAAAGUUUUAUGGUCGUGAAAAGCUUUAAUUUACUGAAUAACUUUAUGAAACGGAAAAGAAAAGCAAGAGAUAGAAAACAGAAUUUUACUAUAGCUCCUCCACAGAGCUGCUUUGUGACUGUGUCUGUAUUUGUUGGUAUUUCUGUUGACGUCCCUCUUCAUCAUCGAGGGAUCCAGAACCGGCUCAGAGUGUGUGCAACGCCCUUUGACCCCUCUCCCCCCUUCUGUCCGAGUGACAUUUCAUCCGACUCGUCUGUUUGUGCACAGUAAGACGACCAGUUAACGCAGCAGUGGAGGAGAACUCUGAGGGACUCGUACCGGAGCGCAGAGCUGCUCCUCACAGCCACAGAUCUCCAUCCUGUUUGUUUCUGCAGUGAUGGAGAGAAAAAAAUAAAAAUAAGGACAUGAAGCUGGGGGGGGGAGGGGUGGCGUCGAGGCUAUGACUGCCUUUUUGUCUCUCGCCUCGCUCCCAAGAGGCCUCCCCCCCCAUUCAACAUCCAAACAUCACAGGCGUCCAUCACUGGUUUUACUGAACUUCUAGCCCGGGAAUGCACUAUCGAUUGGUAAAUGAAGAUUAUGAAUAAAGUUUCAAACAAAGAGGAA